ACAUGGAUGUUUUAUAUAAGACUGCCUCUACUCUGCUUCACCAUUAUCUCAAGCUAAUCUCCGUAACUUUUAAGCUUUCUGUCUGCAAUUUUUACAGCCAUGGCUUGUACACAGAGAAGAUUGGAAGGCAAAGUGGCAAUAAUCACAGGCGGGGCGUCAGGCAUUGGAGAAGCCUGUGUCCGGCUCUUCACAAAACACGGAGCCAAAGUGAUAAUCGCCGACAUUUCAGACGAAGCAGGGGAAAAACUGGCACAAGCUCUGUCUCCAUGGGCGACUUUCAUCCACUGCGAUGUGAGCAAAGAGGCGGAUGUUAGUGCUGCCGUAGAUUUGGCCAUGCAAAAACACGGGCAACUGGACAUCAUGUUCAACAAUGCCGGCACAGCAGAUGCCCAGAAAGGGACCGUUGCAGAGUACGAUUGCAAACAAUUCGAGAUUGUUAUGAACGUAAAUGCAAAGGGAGUUUUGCAUGGGAUGAAGCAUGCAGCCCGAGUGAUGAUCCCAGCUCAAAAGGGCUGCAUAAUUUCCACGGCCAGCGUUGCAGCAGUUUUGGGCGGCGGCAUGUCUUAUGCUUACACUGCUGCUAAACAUGCUGUUGUUGGGUUGUCCAAAAGUGGCGCUGCUGAGCUGGGGAAGUUUGGAAUCAGAGUGAAUUGUGUGUCACCUUCUAUCAUUGCCACUCAUAUGGCAGUCAAGCUUAUGGAAGAGAAUGGUUCUUCAGGGGAGGGGAAGGGCAGGGCCAUGGUGGAAGAGUGGGCUAAUAGUGUUGGGAACUUAAAGGGGGUUACUCUUAAAGAGGAAGAUAUUGCAGGGGCUGCUCUGUAUUUGGCCAGUGAUGAAGCAAGUUAUGUGAGUGGUCUUAAUCUUGUUGUGGAUGGUGGAUUCACUGUUGUAGGCUAAACACCCCCAUUGGGAACUGCCCCAUCACAUAUUGUUUAUUUGUUUCAGUGAUUGCUUAGUUUGACAUCUAUGAUUUAGAUUGUAAUAAUGGGAUUCCUUUUGGACCCUUGGUUGAUUCAUAUUCUAAGGAUUCCAUAAUGAUAUAUAUGGUU